ACAUCACAGACUUCUCAGCUCUUGGGAGUUGUCCCGGGUUUCCUGGCUCCCCACUCCUGAUUUGUAGGUUGGAAAAUAAAACUUGCCAUAAUUCAAUGGCUGUGGAGAAAUCUAGGUUUUGGCCAGAGCAGGAGUUAGGAGGGCUUAAGUUUUCUCACCUGGGGAAAGGGAUUGAAUCACGGUCCAAGCACCUGCUGGAAUGACUCAGGAAACAAAAAUGGCCUACCUCCCUCAGCCUGACUUUCUUGCCCCAAGGGCAGGUCGGGGUUUGUGGAGCUAUAUAGUCACUGUGAAAGGAGUUGGGGUAGGGGGUGGGAUGAUCCCAAGUUCCUCCUAGCUCAACAGGUGACCCUGCGGGCAUUUGAUCCCUGGGUGGAAAGGAAUUGGCUUUAAAUUGCCAAUGCUUAAGAAAGGAGAGGAGACAAUACAACCUGGGCUGGAAGGCCUGACUUCUUGGUCUUGGGUGGGGAGGGGGUGUGGUACCCUGAGGGGGAGUGUUGGGGGCUGAGACACAGGACACCUGGGUUUGUGGGGGGGGGAGGAUGUUGGCUCGCCCUUAAGAAGGCACAGUCUUGAGGGAGGGACUGGGGAGGAGUCAGCCUUUAAAAGCUGUUCCCGGGUCUGGCCUGCCAGCCACAGACGCUGAGCCCAGGUGGGAGAGGUCCAGGGACUCUGGAGAGGACAAAAGGAAGAUUUAUGGUUUAGUCCUCCACUGAAGGUCGGUUUGGUGGCACCUGUGGGGAGGGGGAGAGGGACGGUGGUCUCUCAGUCAGAACUCGAGGCAAGGACGAAAGGAGAGCACCUCUCCAGUACGGGUAUCGGACGCAGCGGAUUUUACAUUUGUCUCCAAACUGUCGAAUUGGUUGGGAGCAAAGGCUCCAUUUCAAGGUCUGGACUUGGGGAUGAUAUAUACUUUUUAAGGACUUGAAUUCCUCCGUAAGGACUCCAGACUGGGAAGACACUUGAAUUUUCAGGGUCGACGCCUCAUUUUGAGGGGAGGGCAUUCAGGACGCCCUCUUAAAGCUUCCUCCAACCCAUGGAGCUACCCAGCUCCUCCCAGGACCAGGCCUGGAGCCUGGAGCCUCUGGCUCCCAUGGCUGCUGCCUCCUCAUCUUCGGGAUCCCAGGAGCGAGAGGGCGCUGGGAGCCCCGUGGUCCCUGGGGGACUCCCCCCGGAGAAGGUGAAGCGGCCCAUGAACGCGUUCAUGGUGUGGAGCUCCGCCCAGCGCCGCCAGAUGGCGCAGCAGAACCCAAAGAUGCACAACUCGGAGAUCUCCAAGCGUCUGGGCGCGCAGUGGAAGUUGCUGGGCGAGGACGAGAAGCGGCCCUUCGUGGAGGAGGCCAAGCGGCUCCGCGCACGGCACCUGCGCGACUACCCCGACUACAAGUACCGGCCUCGGCGCAAGGCCAAGAGCUCGGGCGCUGGAGCUCCCCACUUCAGCCAGGGAAGAGGCAGCCUGGCUGGCGUCGGCCCUCUCUGGGGGCCAGGGUACGCGACCACCCAAACAAGCAGAGGCUUUGGGUACAGACCUCCCAACUACCCGACAGCCUACCUGCCCGGCAGCUACAGCUCUUCCCACUGUAAACCGGAGGCCCCUUCAUCAUGCUCCCUCCCUCAGAGUGACCCUAGGCUCCAGGGGGAGCUGCUCCCCCCCUAUAGCCCUUACCUGUCCCCAGGCUCUCCCAAUACUUACAAUCCUCCCCUCUCUGGUACCCCCAUGCCCCUAACCCACCUCUAACCCUUAUGGACAUGGACCUCCCAGUAAGGGCCUCACAUUCUCCUUUUCACUCAGAACCAUCCCCUACUCACAGGCUGCAAGCUACAGUUCAGAAGCGGCCUGCAGUCUUCCCAUGAGAACCAGAGAGAACACACACUUAUAUAUAUUUUUUUGUAGGACUAAACACAGUUUUGUAUGACUAAA